CAGAAAAGUGAUUAUUGAAAACGUCAACGAAUCAUCAAUAAUAUUGAGCGGAAUGACAGGAAUGACUGUGAACACUUGGUUUUGAUUAAAACAAUUUUUUUUUAAAGUGCAACAGAAAUGAAACCACCAACAUCCCCAACACCGUCUUACAGCGCGUACGGUAGUGCGUCACCUUUGCCACCACCAGCAAACACAUCCAGAUCAUGUCUGUCCGCAACAACAAAAAGUUACAAAUAUUUACGAAGACUGCUGAAAUUCGAUCAAAUGGACUUCGAGUUCGCACUAUGGCAAAUGCUCUACUUGUUUGUGUCACCGCAAAAAGUUUACAGGAAUUUUAACUAUAGAAAACAGACAAAAUCCCAAUUUGCACGAGACGAUCCUGCGUUUCUGGUUCUUCUAAUUGUCUGUCUUUGUGUUACGUCAUUGGGAUUCGCCUGGACCCUCAGUCUAUCCAUAGGUCAAAGUAUCUACUUUUUGUUCUACGUGGUCAUUGUCGACUUUCUACUGGCUGGUUUCGUUGUCGCAACCAUUUUGUGGAUAUUUACCAACAAGUACUUACGCAGCAGUCAAAUUCUCGAUUCGGACGUUGAAUGGGGCUAUUCCUUCGACGUACAUUUGAAUGCAUUCUUUCCACCACUGAUGCUGUUACAUUUCAUUCAGCUGUUUUUCUACAACGGUCUAAUCAGACAGGAUUGGCUGAUUUCCAGAUUUUUGGGAAAUACCAUUUGGUUGAUGGCGCUGAGCUAUUACAUUUACAUUACCUUUCUCGGGUACAAUUGCAUCCCGUUCCUGAAAAACACCAGAAUUUUGCUGGCUCCAGUGACGCUAGUCUUUUUGUUUUACCUUGUUACGCUAAUCAUUGGAUGGAAUGUGACGGUAACGUUCAUGAACUUUUAUCAUUAUCGUGUGCUGUGAAAGACGACGCACGGAUGGUCGCUCAUAGUUCGAAAUAUUUGUUCCAAAAUCAUUCUGUUCGACUGAAUGCUACAAUGUAAGAUUCGAAUUCAGCCUGAUGCAAUAUUAACGAUGCGCCGAUUAAAUACUGUUUGUUUAACCAA